UCUCAAAUGCUGUUAUAUAAAAUUGUAAUUAUAAUAUUGCAAUGUUAUUUCACCAUGUAUGUCCUUGUUGUUUUUUUCUUAAAUCUUCAGAAAAUUCUGUUAAAGGUGAUGAGCGCAUUACUCGAGCUGUUGGUCUCUGCAAAAAGUUAGUGGGACAUUUCUCCCACACCUGGAAGGGGAAGAUGGCACUGAAAAAAGCACAAAAAGAGCACAACCUCCCGGAGCACUCCCUCAUCACAGAAUGCCCUACAAGGUGGGGUUCGAGGCAGAGAAUGAUUCAGAGAGUUCUAGAGCAGCAGCGGGCCAUAAGCGACGUCCUGUCUGCAGACAGAAAGUCAAGACAUUUAGUUCCUUCUUGGCAGGACCUAGAUGUACUUGAGUCCAUAAACCAAGCAAUGCAGCCUCUGCAAGAAUUUACAGAUGCUCUAUCAGGUGAAAGUUACGUAAGUGUUUCAUAUGUGAAACCUGUACUUCACUUGAUGAACACCUCAAUUCUUGCUGCAAAAGAAGAAGACAGUGAUUUAACAAAGUCCAUAAAGAUGAAGAUUCUAGAGUACAUGAACACCAAGUAUGACAACCCUGCAACUCAAGAACUUCUGGACAUGACCUGCUUUGUGGACCCCAGAUUCAAAGCCGACUACAUCAGCUCUGACAAGGUGUCAGACAUCAGAGCCAGGGUGAUGUCUGAAAUUGAAGCAACUGUGCCACAGGAGCAAAGCCUAAGUAAUCAAGAUCACCAGGGCAUGGGUCCAUCAGAUGUCACCCUAAAGAAGGCCAAAAAAUCCCUGGGCAGUUUCUUCAAGACAUCCCCAGCUCCGUCAUCUAUGGAACCAUCGCACACUGUGGAAGUUGAAUUGAACAACUACAUGAUGUCUCCCACCAUAGACAGUGAGAUGGACCCUCUCACUUGGUGGCAAGUCCAUCAGGUCGACUUGCCACACCUGAGUAAACUAGCCAGGAAGUAUCUCUGUAUACCAGCAAGUAGUUCACCUUCAGAGAGACUUUUUAGUACAUCAGGAAAUGUUGUGACGUGCCAACGCACAUGUUUAAAACCUACCAAAGUCAAUAUGCUAGUUUUCCUGGCAAAAAACCUGGAAUAAAAUGGCUUUCACAGUUAAGCACAUUUGGCACUGCAUUGUGCUAAAACAUAGGUUUACAUGUUAUUACUUAUUUUAUUUAUGUGGAUUUUGACAAGAUGUUAGUAUUUCCACUACAUACCAAUUUAUUUAAGGCCUGUACAUUUUGUUUAAUAGGAUUUUUUUAUUUAAUUUUUGUUUUAUAAUAUUUAUUUUUAUUUAAAAAAAAAAAACAGGCAAGGAAAUAUUUUGUUUAAAAGAUUAUCUUGUUUUAAGAUGCUCUUGAUGAUUGUAUGGUUACAUGUGAAUAAAAAGCAAUGUUUGAGAGUAAUGCAUUUUGUGUUUGCAGGUCUAUGGUAACCGCAAACCAGAAAUCAGAAUCUGCGGAGGUUUUCAGUCAUUCAUAGUGUUUUAAAGUCUAAAUGUUUGCUCCUUCCUUGACAGUUUUUUUUUUUUUUAGCCUGAAUUAGAUUUAAUUAGAUCAGAAGAAUAUCUAUUACCUGUUUAUUUUAGCAUGAUCAUUACAUAAAUUAAAAAAAUAUAUAAAAUAAAUAAAUAAAUUCUCUAGGGAAAUGUUAUAUCGCAAGAAAUAUCGUUAUCGCAAUAUUCAACAACAAUAUCGCAUAUCGCAUAUUUUCCCAAUAUCGUGCAGCCCUAGUUAAUAUACU